AUGGGACAACCUCCAGACUUCAGAAUCCAUCCAAUGUGUAAAAAUCAGGCUCUCAAUCACCUCAUAUUUGCUGAUAAUCUGAUGAUAUUUAGUAAAGGGCAUGAGGAGUCAAUGCAAACGAUUGUAGAAGCUUUAAAUCACUUCUCCAAAGUAACAGGACUAGUAGCCAAUACAGAUAAGUCUAGUAUUUUUAUAGCUAGGGUAUCCGAUGUUGUCAAAGAAAGACUGUUAGAAAUGACUAGCUAUGUUGAAGUUAAAGAGAUAGAUGGGAAAUGUAGGGAGUACCUGUGGGACGGCACUGAAGGAAAGAAGAAAACUUCUCUAGUAGCUUGGGAUAAUAUUUGUAGGCCUAAACAACAAGGAGGCUCAAGUAUCAAAAGCUCUACUGUCAGAUAUUCCAAUCUCUGCCAUUUGAAGCAGAACCGGACUGGCAAUUACGAUUCUGACGAGAGCUUCUUCGGAGAAAGACGAUGA